CUACGUCAUCCGAAAGCGCCCCCGGGUCGCCGAGUAGCGGUGCCGCUGCGCCUCGGAGCUUCCGGGCGUUGAGGCGCGGGCUGAGAGCCGUCUGCCCAGGUUAGUCCUUUCGUUUACAUUUGGCACCACGUCCCCUUCGUCCAGGGUCUUCCUCCGGCCUGGGUCUUUCUGAGCACUCCCUUCCCACAGAGUACAGCAUGGGCUUCCUGACCUCAGUGACUCAAGGCCUAGUGCGAGGGGCGGACAGGAUGAGCAAGUGGACAAGCAAGCGGGGACCCCGCACCUUUUACAAGGGCCGGGGCGCCAAGGGAACGGGUGUCCACGCCCCGGGCUGGAAGUUCGUGCAGAUAAAGGAACAGAUUCCAGAUUUUAUCGUCCCAAACCUGACUGGCUUCAAGCUCAAGCCCUAUGUGAAUUACCGCGCUCCAGAGGGCACAGACACGCCACUGACAGCCAAAGCCCUCUUCAUGGAAACAGUUGCACCCGCUAUCGAAAAGGACUUCAACGAAGGUACUUUCGAUCCUGACAACCUGGAAAAGUACGGCUUUGAGCCUACUCAGGAAGGCAAGCUCUUCCAGCUGUAUCCCAAGAACUUUCCACGUUAGAAUCCAGUGAUGACCAUAGGUUUGCCUAUGAACCAGAGACUGCACUGACCCAGUCUCAGAUUUGUCCCAGAGAAGUGGGAGCAUUCCUUUGUGGAGUUUCUAUUAAAGGCCUUUUCUGCUGUCUUGUG